AUGGAGCCGAAGACGCGACUGUUCAGCUCGGCGCGUGAUCAAGCUUGCGGCCGCACAGAGGAUUGAACAGAGGUCAUGUUGCACUUACAAGAUUUUUUCUCGCCGCUGUCUCAGUUCUCGCCGUUUGUAAAUCCUCCGUGUCCACGCGCGCUUAAAAGGUGCUGGUAGAGGUUUUGUUUGGCGUUGCUGUGCGCUGGUAGAGGUUGUGUUUGGCGACAUCCAGGAGGUGUUGGAGCGUCUGAGGACAACGGUGCACAUCCAGGUGCGCAAGACCACCCUCAUGCUGAUGGCGGCUCAGAGAGCGGACACAUUCCUGCCUGACCCGCUGCUGGACCUCAUGAGCCUCCUGCUCGCCCCCUACCCCGAUGAUCGGCCUUCGAGCCGGCAGGUCAGGGAAGCCCACAGUCCGCCGCACAUGUGUUUCUGUCGGUUGAUGUGUGUGCGUCCGUGUGCGUGCUUGUGUGCGUGUGUGUAGGCCCUCAAGCACCCAUUCAUGCUCGUGGACGCCAAGAUCUCCAACAUGCUCAAAUCCCUCAUGGCCUUCCUUCCACCGUCCGCACAGCCAUCACAGACGGCCUCCCUCGCCGCAUCGGCACCGGCAGACCGGCCGUGCCCCCCCAAUGACCCGCCGUCACCUGCAUCGAUCCCUCGCCUGCAACAGGAGCAGCCGAGCGGACAGCCACCAGAGGCGACCCUCGACGACCUGGAGGCCGUACUGAGGGGGGAGGCCAGUACUGGUCCGAGCAGGCCGAGGCGGAAAGGGCCCGCGUACGGCUGCAGGAGCAGCUGCGAGACGCACUGCGCCGGAUCGAUCAGCUCGAGAGGAGCAAUCAGCAGAAAGACGAGCAGAUCAGGCAGCAGAAGGAAGAAAUAGCAGACGUAAGAGCACCAGACGUGAUCCAUGCCACCUGAUGUGCCUUUCUGCGCGUGUGUAUGCCUCCCUACCUGCCUGCCCAGGCCUACAACAACUCUCAGGAGAUCCUGGCGCACUACAAGAAGGCCGCCUCUAUCUUACCCUGAACACCACCACCAGAAGGCCGCCCAAGAGGUGUAUGGAUGCAAGAGAGGAGGGCACUCGCGUGUGUCGGUUUGUGACCCUUUUUGUGUCCGUCUGCAUGCAUCAGGAACGAGGCCAACUGCGAGCUGAAUGCUCUUCGCGCGCAGACCCAAGAUGCCAAGAUGCCAUUGCAGGUGCUCUGCCGCUGCAAGACAAGCUCGCUGAGAAGGACAAGCAGCUCGCUGAGAAGGACAAGCAGAUCCAGGCCCUCUACAACGAGCUGUAUGCAGAGAGGGAGGGAGGGUGUAAAGUGCAGUGAUGUGGCACCAGGCCGAUGCCAUCAAGGGGAGCCCUUCGCUGUCGGCCCAGCCAGGGAGCGACUUGGGGGCUGGUGGGUGAUCCAGCGUGCUGGGCAGUGUGUGUGCAGCAGCUACUGAUUAUGUAGGUUAGAGGGUGGCUGGCGAGUGGGCUUGCUUGCCGGUGGUCUGUGUCACUUGUCUGCCUGCACCGAUGGACAAUUUUCCAAACAG